AUGAUUUUCUUUACUAAAUAUUUACACACUAGAUCCCCAAAACCAAGGUUUUGCUUUCUUUCCAUCCACAAUCCUUUCCGCUUUUCUUCUUUCCUUCCUUCAUCAAUCGCUUAUUUUCUUCAUUCCUUCAUUCACUACUCUCUAUCUUCCCCUCGCUCUCCCUUUAUUCUUUCUUUACUAUUUCAUUCUUACUUUUUCCUUUCUUUUUUCCUUCCUUUCCUUCUUUCUCUUUCUUUCUCUUUUUUACACUUUCUUUCUUUCUUUCUUUCUUUCGUUCUUACUUUUCCUUUUUCUUUUUUCUAUUUGCUUUCUCCCUUUUAUAUUUAUCUCUUUUUCUUUCUUUAUUCAUUUCUUCAUUUUUCGUUAUUUUCCUUUUUCUUUCUUUCUUUCCUUCUUUCUUUCUUUCGUUCUUUCUUUAUCUUUCUUCCUUUCUUCAUUAUUCGCUAUUUUCCUUUUUCUUUCUUUCUUUCUUUCGUUAUUCUAUUUCUUCCUUUUUCUUUCCUUCUUUGUUUAUUCUUCUUUCCUUUUCUUUUAUUUCUUUUCUUUCUUUCUUUCUUUCUUUCUGUCUUUCAUUUUUUUCUUUCUUUUUCUUCCUUUCUUAAUUCAUGUUUCUUUUGCUUUUCUUUCGUUCAUUUUCUUUCAUUUUUUCCUUCUACCUUGUCUCAUUUUCUUUCUUUCUUUCUUUCUUUCUUUCUUUCUUUCUUUCUUUCUUUCUUUCUUUCGCCCAUAGUUUUCAAUUUACUUUUGUCAUUUAUGCUAAAUUCCAUUCAUUCAUAUCGCCAAUACUACUCCUUUUCCUUUCUGGUGUUCACAGAUUUUUAA